UUUUCUUUAUCUGUUAAUGUUAGUGUUUUGCUGUUGAAGAUAGUAUUCUUGUUUGUGUUGUUUUUGUUCAAUGCUUGUAAGCGUUGAUUGUUCCAAACACUCGUGUUUGUCUUUUUCCAACAGUACCCGUGUGUUUAGCUACUACUUGUCUAGAAUCUAUAAACAAACUCCGCUCUGAUCGUGUCAUUGAAGUUUUCACUUGUACUACAAAUUGUAGUUGUACUUUAUAAAUUGUAGUUGCACAGCUACUUGAAAUUGAAGUAAUACUAGUAUAAACUAUUACUGUUAGUAUUAAAAGUUACUGUAGGUUAGUGUAACGUUAAUUACAAGUAGUGAUAGUUGUACAGUGUGCAUAUUGUCGAUUAAACCGUUAUUUUUAAUCGUUGUAGUAGUAGAUUGUACAAAAAAGUAGAUACAAUACAGAACGGGAGGGUCGCGUUAUUGUCCAUGCGUCGUAUUCGUACUCGGAGUCUACCUGGUCGUACCGGUAACGUGAUUCCGGAUUAUUGACAGAACGUAUCCUAUUCUUAGUUUCCUUGCUCGGAAUAGGCUUAGCGUUAUCAUUAAUAUUACUUACAAACAAAGUUAUCAAAGUAUUGUGCCAAUAAUUUUUAUUGAGCUAAACAGUAAUUAACAAUGCUCAAUUUAUUGCUGCAUUAAAUUAAAAAAAUAAUAUGGUGGUUUUAGAUUGUGCUUGCUCUUUCGUCAUCAGGAACUGUGUAAGUUAUUGACUUGUAACAUUUGGUUUUAUCUUCAAGUUCAGGCUCAAAACUCGUCUAUACUGUUGCCAAAUUAAAAAGUUGUUUACCUGUGUGUUUAUGGUGUAGUUCUAACUUAAGAAAUAAAAGGAUAGAGACAAGAAACUGCGAAGAUGGCUGAUCUAGAAGCAGUUUUAGCAGAUGUAAGUUAUCUUAUGGCAAUGGAGAAGAGCAAAUCCACCCCAGCAGCCAGAGCAAGCAAAAAGAUUAUCUUACCAGAUCCAAGUGUACGAAGUGUUAUGCACAAACACUUAGAGAAAAUGGGAGAAGUGACUUUUGACAAAAUCUUCAACCAAAAAUUAGGUUAUCUUCUCUUCAAGGAAUUUUGUGAAAUGCUGACAGAUGAGCCGAUUCCUCAACUUAAGUUUUAUGAGGAAAUCAAGAGGUAUGAGAAGUUGGAUACUGUGGAAGAAAGACGACAAGCAGCCAGAGAGCUGUAUGAUAACUUCAUCAUGAAGGAGCUUUUAUGUCACUCCCAUAAUUACUCCAAAGAAGCAAUCAGCCAUGUCCAGAAAUACCUCAUGAAAAAUGAAGUUCCCGUCAAUUUAUUUCAGCCAUACAUAGAAGAAGUCUUCCGUCAUUUGAGAGGAGACUUAUUUCAGAAGUUUGUAGAAAGUGAAAAAUAUACAAGGUUCUGCCAGUGGAAGAACUUGGAAUUAAAUAUUCAGCUGACAAUGAACGACUUCAGUGUCCACAGAAUCAUCGGCAGAGGAGGAUUUGGUGAAGUAUAUGGAUGUAGGAAAGCUGAUACUGGAAAAAUGUACGCCAUGAAAUGUCUUGAUAAGAAAAGAAUUAAGAUGAAACAGGGAGAAACACUGGCUCUUAAUGAACGAAUCAUGUUGAGUCUAGUCAGUACUGGGGAAGACUGCCCUUUUAUAGUUUGUAUGACAUACGCAUUUCAAACUCCAGACAAAUUGUGUUUUAUUCUGGAUCUCAUGAAUGGUGGAGACCUACAUUAUCAUUUAUCUCAGCACGGUGUCUUUAACGAACAAGAGAUGAAGUUAUAUGCAGCAGAGGCUGUUCUUGGAUUAGAACACAUGCACAAAAGACACGUAGUGUACAGGGAUCUCAAGCCAGCCAACAUCCUUCUGGAUGAACAUGGGCAUAUUAGGAUAUCUGAUUUGGGAUUGGCUUGUGACUUUUCCAAAAAGAAACCUCAUGCAUGCGUAGGAACACAUGGGUACAUGGCUCCAGAAGUCUUGUCUAAGUCAACUGCUUAUGACUCAAGUGCUGAUUGGUUCUCUUUGGGCUGUAUGCUUUAUAAACUGCUCAAAGGCCACAGCCCAUUUCGACAGCAUAAAACCAAAGAUAAACAUGAAAUUGAUCGCAUGACACUGUCAAUGCAGAACAUUGAGCUACCAGACUGUUUCUCUUCAGAACUUCAGUCCUUAUUAGAAGGUCUGUUACAAAGGGAGGUAGACCAGAGGCUGGGAUGUAAAGGUAGAGGAGCUGAUGAGGUCAAGGAACAUCUCUUUUUCCAAGGUAUGGACUGGCAGCUGGUGUACUUACAGAAAUACUCCCCACCACUCAUCCCACCUAGGGGGGAGGUGAAUGCUGCAGAUGCUUUCGAUAUUGGAUCUUUUGACGAGGAGGAUACAAGGGGAAUCAAGUUAACUGAAGCUGACCAAGAACUGUACAAAAAUUUCCCUGUGGUCAUCUCUGACCGAUGGCAGCAAGAAAUAAGUGAAACUGUAUUUGAUGCCAUUAACCAGGAAGCAGACAAAAUGGCACAGAAGAGAAAAGCCAAAAUGAAGAUGAUCUUUGAAGAUGAAAAAGAGUCGGAUUGCAUCGUUCACGGCUUUAUAAAAAAGCUUGGAGGACCAUUUGUAUCUGCAUGGUUGACUCGAUAUGGCAAGCUCUACCCUAACAGACUGGAAUUACAUACAGAAUCAGGGAACACUAAGCCAGAGCUGAUAUUCAUGGACCAAGUGGAAGAUGUUUGUUCUGACUAUGUCCAAGUAAAAGGUGAACACAGCAUUGUCCUCAAGAUGAGAGGAGACAAAGAAAGGGAUUCUCGAGUGGUUUUAACAAAUUCUGAUGAGAUAGGAUUAAAGGAAUGGCUCAUCUCUAUUAAGUCUACUCACAAAAACUCUCUUGAGCUACUAAGCAGCAUGGCCAAGAAAGCUGGGAAGAUAUAUGGUACUGAUGCAAACAGUGUAGCUGUUCGACAUGCCAAUGGCAAUUGACAGCACGUUCCACAGAUCUAAUGAGAUAUGAUGUAAACGGUGGAUUAAGUAGCCAUCGUGAACAAUAUAUGUAGCCUCAUCAACUUCUGGUGAAAUGAGACCAUAACAUGUCUAGCAAGAAAUCUUCACAUCGUCCAUUGUUUAUUUCUUGUGUUAGAUAUUAGCAGUAGGAUUCCUGAAAUUUUGAAAGGUACCAAAAAACUCCGUUAUUUUUAAGAAGACUAACCAAUGGGUACAGGCAAGUAUCUUCAAAGGGUUGAAGAAAGAGACCUCUACAGUUUAGCUAAAAAAUGCACAAUUUUAAAAGAAAAGUUAAUACAAAUAAUUUAGAGAAAGUACAUUCUAUAAAAAAACAAAAUGUGGCUACUGUACGUGACAUAUCCAUGGCGAAUGAUGUUUCCUAGACAACAGUGUGCAAUUGCAUAAAACAUUUUGGAAAAGAAAAAAAAAUGGGUUUGGAAAAAUACCAAAAAAAGGUGUAUUAAAAUAUUUUUAAAACCAUAAAAUGGCAGGUUUUUAUUUAUAAAGUAAAAUAUAUGUGAAUUUACAUGGGGAAGAGGAAU